AUGGCUUAUAUACAAAGAGUUCCGGUUGCUGUUUUGUUAGUAUUGUUGGCUUUAGGUGUGUGUUCUGCCAGAAGGGCUUUGCUUAAUUUGGAUGCUGGAGGUGGAUAUGGUUUAGGCCAUGGCAUUGUUGGUGGAGGCGGUGGAGGAGGAUCGGGUGGUAGUGGUGGAUAUGGAGGUGUAGGAGGAGGAAGUGGAGGUGGUGGUGGAGGAGGAGCUGGAUAUGGAGGCGAGCAUGGAGUUGGAUAUGGUGGAGGGGGUGGGAAUGGUGGUGGUGGAGGCUAUGGUAUUGGAGGAGAGCAUGGUGGUGGGUAUGGUGGAGGUGCAGGAGGUGGAGGUGGAGCUGGUGGUGGUGGAGAACAUGGUAUAGGAUAUGGAGGAGGUGGUGGAAGUGGCGGUGGAGGUGGAGCUGGGUAUGGUGCAGGAGGAGCUCAAGGAGGUGGAUAUGGCAUUGGAGGAGGAGGUGGCAGUGGUGCAGGAGUAGAGCAUGGUGGUGGUUAUGGUGGUGGUCAAGGAGGUGGAGCUGGAGGAGGUUAUGGUGGUGGGGGAGAGCAUGGUGGUGCUUCUGGGUACGGAGGUGGUGAAGGAGGAGGAGCUGGAGGAGGUUAUGGUGGUGGAGGAGAGCAUGGCGCUUCUGGACAUGGAGGUGGUGCAGGAGGUGGAGCCGGAGGAGGUUAUAAUGGCGGAGGAGAGCAUGGUGCUUCAGGAUACGGAGGUGGUGAAGGAGGUGGAGCCGGAGGAGGUUAUAGCGGCGGGGGAGAGCAUGGUGCUUCUGGUUACGGAGGUGGUGAAGGAGGUGGAGCCGGAGGAGGUUAUGGUGGUGGAGGAGAGCAUGGUGCUUCUGGUUACGGAGGCGGUGAAGGAGGUGGAGCCGGAGGAGGUUAUGGUGGUGGAGGAGAGCAUGGUGCUUCUGGUUACGGAGGUGGUGAAGGAGGUGGAGCCGGAGGAGGCUAUGGUGGUGGGGCAGAGCAUGGUGCUGGCUACGGUGGUGGUGAAGGAGGUGGUUCUGGCGGAGGCUAUGGAGCUGGUGGAGAGCACGGCAUUGGUUAUGGAGCAGGUGGCGGAAGUGGAGGCGGAGGUGGAGCAGGCUAUGGUGCUGGAGGAGUACAUGGAGGUGGAUAUGGAAGUGGAGGCGGAGCAGGUGGAGGAGCAGGAGGUGGAGCGUAUGGUGGCGCCGGAGGAGGUGGUCAUGGUGGAGGAGCCGGAUAUGGAGAAGGUGGUGCACAUGGUGGCUAUGCUCCCUAA